CGGAGAGGCGCAAAGGCGGGAGGAAGGGGAUCCACGCGUGGAUCUUUGGAGAGAUUCUACACACGAAGCAGACGCGCGAUGGAGGAUCUGUGCGACAUGGACUGCACGGUGCUGAAGCGGCUCCUGAAGGACGACGGCGCCAAGUGCCUGCUGCUGGACUGCCGCUCCUUCCUCGCCUUCAGCGCGGGUCACAUCCGCGGCGCCGUCAACGCGCGCUGCAACACCAUCGUGCGCCGCAGAGCCAAAGGAUCCGCGCUCAGCGUGGACCAGAUCUUGGCCGGGGACGAGGAGGUCCGGGCUCGGCUCCGCUCCGGGCUCUACUCCGCCGCGGUGCUGUACGACGAGAGGACGCCGGAGUGCGAGGCGGUGAAGGACGACAGCACCAUCAUGCUGGUGUUCAACGCGCUGUGCGGGGACUCCUGCGGCACGCGCGUGUACCUGCUCAAAGGUGGAUACGACCGUUUUUUCUCAGAGUAUCCAGAGUUCUGUUUGAAGACCAAAUCGUUACCGUCCCUCAGCAGCCAGUCCAGUGUGGACUCUGCCUGCUCGUCGUGUGGGACGCCGCACCAUGACCAGGGCGGCCCAGUUGAGAUCCUUCCUUUUCUCUAUCUCGGCAGUGCCCUCCACGCCUCCAAGAAGGAGGUGCUGGAUGCCAUAGGAAUCUCCGCCCUGCUGAACGUGUCGUCUGACUGUCCCAACCAUUUUGAGGGGGCGUACCAGUAUAAAUGCAUCCCUGUGGAGGACAAUCACAAGGAGGACAUCAGCUCCUGGUUCCUGGAGGCCAUCGAGUUCAUAGACUCUGUACGGGACUCCAGUGGCCGAGUGUUGGUCCACUGCCAGGCGGGCAUAUCUCGCUCUGCCACGAUCUGCCUGGCCUACCUGAUGAAGAGGAAGCGGGUCCGACUGGACGAGGCCUUUGAGUUUGUACGUCGGCGCCGCAGCAUCAUCUCACCCAACUUUAGCUUCAUGGGCCAGCUGCUGCAGUUUGAGUCCCAGCUCCUCGCCACCUCGUGCGCUGCAGAAGCAGCCGCCACAGCGAGCCCACUCCUCGGACCCAAGUCAUCGUCGGCCACCGCCUCUGCGUCGGCCACACCCACCUCUCCCUUCAUUUUUAACUUUCCGGUUUCCGUGGUGAACCCAGCGUACUUGCAUCACAGCACGAUCACCACCUCGCCUGGCUGCUGAUGGAUGGACAGGCACAGUCCCGCCCCCGCCCCGCCCCUCAACCGAAUCACUGACUGAGCACAGAGCGAGUCGCAGUAGCUCACUGAUCACUGCGGUGUGCUUGUGCUUCUACGCCAGGGAGGUGACAAGCUUCAUGGUGCCUGAUUUCCAAAAACUCCUCACACCAGAGGAUCGACUUUCAAAGUUCAGAAACCAGCUAAUGUUCCUUCCAUUUCAAAGUCGGAUCAUUUACAAUCGACCACAAACUUUCAAAACUCGAUACACCAGGCUUACGACGUUGGAUGUCCUCAGGCCAGAUUGGAUUUGUGGACACUCUUUACAACCAGGGAAG